UUUAGAAAUGGAAAAUUUCCAUUUUGCUUCCAUUGCUUCUGAGUGAAGCAGGCUGUAGAGUCAUGUGACUCGAGAAUAUAUGGUAGUGAAAAUGGAGUGAUCGUUGUUGGUUGAGUUGAAUCCAUGUUACAUCCUUGAUGUUAUCUAUUUCUAUACUCAGCUGCAGAGGUGUUGCUUGAUGGGUGAUUUUUAAUCUACACGUUUAAGUGAUCUGCAUCUGUGUCUCUUACACUUCCUUUUACCCAAAAAGGCAAGUCACUACGACAGAUCUGUUAAGACUGCCCUACUUAUGAGUGUGGCAAAGCAUUAAACUUUCAGAUCACUUUUUAGAACGACAAAGAACAUCAUCACAUCCAGAGUGAAGUCACCAUGAAGGCCACAGUGGGACUGCUGCUUCUGCUGCUCACGGUUUAUUGCUGGGCUGCUGGACCUGAAGCAUUGGAUGAGACAGCUCCUGGAGAAUGCUGUUUCCAUUUCUUUACAGAACGCAUACCACUGAAGAACAUAGUCUCUGUCACCAAGACUCACAGCGGCUGUCUGGAAAAAGCAUUUGUGAUCCAUACAGCCAGAGGAAAACGCUUCUGCGUGGGCCACAGUGUCACCUGGGCUCAAAAUGCUUUUAACAAAGAGCAGAGCAGUGGCUAACAAUGCCCUUCAGUGUCCACGAUCAAGCAUAAUAACAGGCUCUGUUAUGUUAUUCUUCACUGCCAGCAUUUUUUAUAAUGACUGUAUUUUACACGACGCUUUGCAAAGCAUAAAUAAACCCAUGUGCUCUUGAUUUGCUUGCGAUCCUCUCCAAGAAUGUUUCAAUAAAAAAAAAAACA